AUGUCCAGCGUCCUUGCCGGCCUCCAGCGUGUUCUGCACCCGACCUUGCCUGUUCGCAUCGUGUUUCAGAGAACAUGGCAGGUCCGUGCUAUUCACGCGACACCAGCUGCCCUGAAAAAGAAACAGCAAUCCUCUGAAUCCGUGUCCGACGCGGAGGACCUCUUCGGACAAUCAGCAGAACACUCUGACUCACUCUUCUCCGACCAUGAGCCUACUUCCACAAAACGACCCGCGCCCCAAGCUAGCCAGCUUUCCCAAGACAUUCCUCCUCACAACCCCUCCGUACCUGCUUCUCGACAGUACGACCGAAAUGCACGCUUCGAGGAGCUGUACCAAUUUGCCCGCGCUUGCUUAGUGACCAAGGCUGAGACCAAGCGUCAAGUGCGCUCCUCAAUAUGGAAUCACCUCUUCCAGCUCGCAUCCACGCCAGAGCAGCUGGACCGAGUCGCGGAGAUGUUCCCCAAGUGGAGGGAUGCGCACCGGACUUUCAGGCCCAGCACCGUGGUUGUGUUUGCCGCACGCUGCCAUGCACUCCGAUGUCCUGGGCUGGCCCUCAAGGUCUUUGGUAACCACCCCAAAUACGGUGUAGACCUCAACCUGGAUGCAGCUCAGCUCGUUCUCCACUCUAUGCAUCGCUGGAGACGUCACCAAGAUAUCAUCACGUUCGCCACUCUCUUCAGCAUUUACGGCCUUCCCCCCGUCUCUAGCGAUCUCCUCUCCAACGCUCUGCUCUUAAAGGCCCUAUUGGGUAAGCCCACGGAUGAGUCGACUGCAGUGGCGAAUGCGAUGGUGCCGUCUUUGCAGCGGUUGUUGGAGAAGACGGACCCGCAGACCAUGAUCGUCGAGCCGAGAGAUCGUCGAUUGUCAAAUUCCAAGAAGACGUGGCUUGCAUUCGCACUCAAGAGGAUCGAGAAUGUGCUCCAAUCGCAGGGCAUCGAGCAUGGGUGGCUCGCCCGGUGGAUGGAUGUGACCGGCUACCAUACAAUUACAGCUUCGGCCUAAUACCAUGUAGAUCGUACACUUGCUCUUCGGUAAU